ACCACGCCUUCUAAACUAGCGCUGUCGUUUGGUCCGUCUAUACGCCUUUCUCUAGAAGAAUGCCUGGGUCGGGCAAAAAGUACCACUUCGAUCACAACAUGGAGUCUUCGAGCAGUCAGAGACACGUCUUCGAGAUGGAAGGAGGUGAAAAGAAAGGAGGAUGCUGCAGCAAGACGUGUAAAGUUGUAACGGGGCUGGUUAUCGUGUUGGCCGUUUUGGCUGGGCUUGCUUGUGUUGGGUAUUUCGUGAUUUACAGGAUGUAUUUUGAAGACCAAUCUCGACUGAUUUUCGAAGACAACUUUGACACUCUGGACUUCACUAAGUGGAAACAUGAAAUCACAGCGGCCGGGGGAGGGAACAAUGAGUUCCAGAUUUACGUCAAUGACCGCGCCAACACGUACGUCCGGGACGGAAUUCUGUUCAUAAAACCGACACUGACGGCCGAUUUCUACGACGAAGCAUUUCUGUCCGCUGGGACCCUCAACUUGUAUGGCUUGACCCCAGCUGACCAGUGCACCAGUCACUUCAAUGGCGGCUGUUGGAGGCAAGGUUCCGCUGACUUCCCCAUCCCUCCCAUCCGGUCGGGCCGUCUGACCACCACCGAGAGUCUGAGCUUUACUUACGGCAAGGUGGAGAUCAUGGCCAAGUUACCGACCGGAGACUGGAUCUGGCCCGCCAUUUGGCUUCUUCCGAUGCACAACGAGUUCGGAGGCUGGCCUUCCUCGGGUGAGAUUGACAUCAUGGAGUCCAGAGGAAACCGUAACCUCACCGACGGCAAUGGGAACUCCAUCGGAGUUGACCACAUGGGGUCGACCCUGCACUGGGGACCGUACUGGCCGUACAACGCAUAUGACAAGACUUCAGAGGGAUUUUUGACAACUACAUUUGCUCCAUUUUUCAGUUCGGCAAAGGAAGGGACCUUCGGUAGUGCUUUCCAUAAAUACGGACUGGAAUGGACUGCGGACCACAUCAAGUGCUUCGUGGAUGAUGAAUUGGUCCUGAACGUCUCCCCUCCCAAUGGAUUCUGGGAGCUGGGUGAUUUUGGACUGCCCGAUGAGGAGAACCCGUGGGUGGCGGGCGGCAAGAUGACACCAUUCGACAAGGACUUCUUCCUGAUCCUGAACGUGGCUGUAGGCGGAACGAACGGCUUCUUCCCUAAUGACGGGGUGAACGGAGGGUACGACCGCCCAUGGGGUGACGGGGACUGGUACGGGCUCGCCAUGAAGAACUUCUGGGCCGCCAAGGACCUGUGGUACCCGACCUGGGACGGGGAGGACGCAGCCAUGCAAAUAGACUGGAUAAAAGUCUGGCAGCUGUAGGCUUUCUGCAACCUUUUAUAGGAGACAUAAGUACUUUAUUGCACAACAAUUGUACAUGAUACAAUGUAUGACAACAACUAUUACGCAAAGUACAAAAUAGAGGUAUACGAAAAGCUUAACAACCUAGCUAAUGUAAAAAUAAUGGCCAAUAUGAUAUAAUUCUUUGGUAUAGCAUUACAAUGGAGUAGACUAAUCAUUAGUUACGGUAUUUUUUCUUAUAGCAGAGCAGUCCUUGAUAUAUUUGCCUAUUUUUGCAUUAUGGGAGUUCUGACAUGUAAAGAUAUAUAC